UUGGUUAUUCCACCGCAAUACACACCUUCUUAUCUCUCGCUUCAUUGUUAUUGGACUUAUGCGUUAAGUCUCAACCUAUAAUUGUCCACACAUAUGUGUUGUACGCAUCCCUCUAAUGUCGAUAGUAGCAGAAAACGUUACUUAAACCACUCCAUCAUUCAACAUUGAUGACAGCAUCUCAAGCGUAAUUAGCAACUAAGUCAGUAAUAAACUCACAUUCAAGCCUCUAAUUUCGGCAUUUGGUGUCUUAGUUUAACGCGCAACACCACAAAUCGUCCCCUUCAACCCCUUGUUGCUUUCCUGUGUGACCCGGAUUGAACCAUACCGAGUGAUUGAGUAAUGAGUGGUCAAAACCUACUGCAAGUUCUUUUUUUGAUACUGCCAACAUAAAGCUUAGUUUUCCUCUGGAAACUGGUGUUUUCUUUUCUUCUUUGUUUCAGAAUCAUCGCCACCGAUAUCUGUUUCGGUAUAAACAAGAUUUUCCAUAUUUGAAGUGACAGAGGGCUUGCUCAAGAGGCUUUGCCAACUGAAAGUAGCUCCAAAAGGGGUAGAUAAAGUGUCAUGAAGAAGAGUUCCGGUUCCUCUCAGAAACUUGGUUCAUUUCUAAGUCCAGGGGCACCGCACUAUAGAGAGAAAAACAGCGGGAGCCAAAACGGGUGGAGCUCAGAGAGGGUGUUGCAGCCAUCAAGUAGCAGCAUAAGGCAUCAAGCCAGUGUGGCUAACUUGACACCCUUCAACAGUGGAAGAACAGUACCAUCAAAAUGGGAUGAUGCAGAGAGGUGGAUUUGUAGCCCCGUUUCGGGCUAUACUAAUCACAAAACUAAUUCCUAUGCACAACUUCAUCGGCGACCCAAAUCAAAAAGUGGUCCUAUUGUGCCUCCAGGAAAAGGCUACUACUCCAAUUACUCGCCCACAAUUCCACUUCGUCAAGGUUUGGCGGUGAAAAACUUCAUGAUGGGUGGUUCCCCUUUUUCAACGGGGGUGUUGGCACCGGAUGCUAUUUCUCUUCACCAUUAUUAUGCACAUGACGCCGUUUUUGGUCCCCGUUAUGACUUUGACAGUACUAUGCAAUGUUCUAGUCCUCUUCUCGACGAUAACAGUGAAGCUAUCCUCGCAUCAGUGUCUAGUGCACCGGUGUGGUCAGAACUGCUGUGUGACCCAUCUUCGCCUAAUUCUCAAGAUGAGAAACGAAAUGGAACUAAGAAUGAGGACGCAUUGACAUCUCUCUCUAGAUGUGAUAAAGGAACUCAAAUGAGCCCUCCUGAAACUGAGAAAGAUGCAGCAAAAUCGUCACCCACUUCGACCAUGAAUCAUGAAAAUAGGCAUGCUGCGAAGUUAGAGGUGAGAGAUGUGGAGGUAGACAGUGAGGCUACUAUUAUUAGGUGGUCCAAGAGCCAUGUACCCAGGCUGAGCUUGCUACCUGGUAAACACUCAAGGAGAAGGACUAGUAUGGAAGCCCAACCUUCGGGUUUGGAUAUUGCAGAGUCAACGUUGGACUCUACCAAGUUUCAGAGAGAGGAAUCCAAAAUCAUUGCAUGGGAGAGUUUGCAAAAAGCCAAGGCUGAAGCUGCAAUACGAACACUAGAGAUGAAAUUGGAAAAGAAGAAAUCAUCGUCGAUGGAAAAGAUUCUAAACAAGCUGAGAAGGGCGCAGAUGAAAGCUGAAAAGAUGAGAAACCAAAUAACUGUAGAAGAGGAUCUGCAGCAGGUUUCCAAGACUCGGAAAGUAUUUUCAUUCCAAAAAUAUGUCCAGAUAUGGUCCCCAAAGAGCUGCUUCGGCACUCAUGCUCCAUGAUUAAUAUUUAAUCCAAUAUACAAGUCCUGAAAUUUUUAAGGUUUUGCCCAUAAGCACAGAAAAAUAAUUUAAGUUAUAGGCCAUUUUUAUUUGCCUUAGUGAAUUACAACUGCAUUCUUAAUGCAUUUGACAUUUUCGGCAUUAUGUACCAAACCCAAUCGGGAUUAUUUCUGGAUUACCUUUUUUUGUCCUCCA